CCUCCCUCCCCGGUGCUUCCAUAUCCACCAUGACUGUCGUCGUCUCCGCCAAUUGAGUCACCAUGGCCACCGUCAACCGAUUUCUCAGAGUUGUUAGCAUUUACGUUAGAAGCCGGCGAUGGGGACUCGAGAGGUGUACGAACAGAAGCUGAGGAGUGGGAAUCUGCACCACGAUCCCACCAUGAAUCCCGGCCUCGGAACUCCUCGCUGCCCUCGCUGCCUCUCUCUCCUCGCCCACGAUUCAGACAAAGGUGAAUGUACCAUCACUCCUGUUCUUCACGACGCCACUGCUGUCGCUGGCUCAGGUAUUGGAGGAAUGCUUAGUGCAAUUCAUAGCUUCAAUACAGGGAUUCCAUACCUUCAGAAUCAGUUGAAGGGACCAAAGUGGUUGCCUUUCUUAAUUGGGCUUCCUCCACUGCUACUGUUUUCGGGUGCCAGUGCUGCAUUUGGAGGUUAUGCACUUCCCAAGUUUGCUCAACUCACCGUGACAUCCUAUUAUGCUACCUCAAGUGCCUCACAUUACGGGAUUUCACUUCUUACUCGAUAUAUCGAAGAGGCUCACACCUACCGAUCUCGGAAAGAAGGGGUCCGAUGAUUUCUUGCAGGUGCACAUGUCAAAGAAUCUGCUACAAUUUUGUAAUUGAUGUUAUAUACAUGUACCUGUAGAUGCAUGAACCUGUAUAUGGUUAAGACGUUUUAUAUCAUUGAUCACAAUUUUGGUAAUUUUGUUUUAGUAAUGUGAAAAAUGAUUGGAGAAAUUGUCAACA